GGGAGACUCCAUCAGGACAUCAUCAAAUGUGAUCGGAAGCGUCCCUGCUCCAGAUGCGCCAAGGCCGGCACCGAGUGUGUCCUUCAAGGUAUCGGGGAGAAGCAGCGCAGGCCGGUCUCAAAGAGCUAUGUCCAGGCCCUGGAAGGCCAAAUUGCCGCUCUCGAGACAGUGAUCCACAAGCUCGCCCUGGCAGACGACGCGGAGCGGACGCAAAUCAUCUCUGAUCUUUCCCUGUCUUCGGCGGCCCCCAGCGUGCCGUUGGCCGAGGCUGGUCCGGCUGACCUCAAGACGGACCCGAGCCUCGCCGCUGCCCGAAAGAUGAUGUCGCGAUUCUUCCAGGAGGUCUAUCCGUACAACAUGGUUGUCUACCGCGAGUACUUUUUGAGAGAUUACGAUGUUGGCUCGGGGAAAUACUACUCAGACGUUCUGUUCUACUCCAUCUGCGCUCUGGGAGCUCUUCAAUGCGACGAUAUGCUCAAUCUCUCCGAUGUCUUCGCAGGCCAGGCUCAGACACUCCUUUACUCAACUCUGGACAGCCCCGACCUGACGGUUCUCCAAGCUCUCGUUCUGCUGGGCUACCGCGAAAUUGCCGUAGGGCGGGCAUCCAAGGGCUGGCUGUUCUGCGGCAUGGCUUUCCGUCUCGCGCACGAAAUGGGCCUCCAUCUCGAUCCCACCAACUGGCAGGGCCCUACCCACGAGGAGACGAGCGGCGACAGGGAAAUCCUGCGCCGAGUCUACUGGGCAGUCUUCAUCGCCGACAAGCAGCUCAGUCUGUAUUUUGGGAGACCGCCAGCCUUGUACCCCAGCGAGUCGGACGUGCGAAAUACCAUCCGGCUGCAAUACCCCCCCGGCUGGCAAGGCCUCUUGGAGACGUACAUUUGCAAAGGAUCGUCGGCCAAUGAGUGGGACAACGGUGUUACCCUCGUGGGCUCGUUCAUAUACCGAGCUGAACUGGCCAAGAUCAUUCAUCUCAUCAUCACGGAUUUGUUCGAGAAUCGGAGGGGAGGCGCGGAUCCCACCAUUAUUGCGACCAAGACGCGGAGGAUCCACGUUUUGUUGACGAGGUGGCUCACAAAUCUUCCCAGUUCGUUGCAUUGGAACCAGUGGACGGUUGGCCAAGUGCCUCCAUACGUUUUGCAUCUACACAUGAUGUUCCAUACCAUCAUGAUCAUCCUCCACCGCCCGCCUUCGCACAUGUUCGAGAACCCAGGCAUCGCCGACAGCGAAGACGUGGAGAUCUGCUACGAAUCUCUACAGGCAAUCCUCCGCCUCAUGCGGAGCUACUCCCGCUACUACCGCUACCGGUCCCUGCCCCUCGACUUUGUGCACACGCUCUCCACCGCCGCAAGCACCGUCAUGAUGAAGCGCUUCCUCCAAAAGGCCUCGUGGAGCGACCCGGACAUUGAGCGCGCGCUGUCGCUCAUCAUGCAGGCCAUGGACGAGAUCCAGAACACCUGGCCGUGCGUGCGGGAGAUUCGGGACGUGGUCCUGCAGGCGCAGCAGACGCAGGCGACGAUGCCGCCGGAGGAUCCCCUCAAUGCGCCGGGCCUGAUGAACGGACUGGAGGUGGAUCACGAUGGUUUCCUGGCGAAUCUGGGGGAGGACGUUGAUAUUGGGACGUUGAUUACAGACGAAUUUCUCAGUGCGCAGGUGCCAAUCCUAGAGCAGGGUCUGGAGCCAUUUGAUUUCAACCAGUUGUCGGGACCUCCCUGA